AACGCACUGCUGGUUUAUUUUUCGAGCUUUCCACUUUUCAGCUGUUUUCUGUUCUGAAUUUGACUUUUAACUGUAUCAGGCUGUUGCGGAUUGUAUGCGAAACCAUAUACCGCAUUUGUGGAGAGACUAGUGUUAAUUCGUUCUACGCAAACGCCGUUGUGCGCCACUGACGAUGGCCAUCGAUCCGAUUCAGGAGCGCAACCAGGACGCCACAAUCUACUGCGGCGGUCUGGAUGAGAAAGUCAACGAAUCCAUCCUGUGGGAGCUCUUCCUGCAGGCCGGACCCGUGGUGAACGUGCACAUGCCCAAGGACCGCAUCACGUUAACCCAUCAGGGCUACGGGUUCGUGGAGUUUAUGAGUGAGGAGGACGCGGAUUAUGCCAUGAAAGUGAUGAAUAUGAUAAAAUUGUAUGGGAAACCCAUUCGUGUCAACAAGGCAGCAGCGCAUCAGAAGAAUCUCGAUAUUGGGGCGAAUAUUUUCAUCGGGAAUCUGGAUCCGGAGGUGGAUGAGAAGCUGCUGUACGACACGUUCAGCGCUUUCGGCAUGAUAUUACAAACUCCCAAGAUUAUGCGCGACCCGGAGACGGGCAACAGCAAGGGCUACGCCUUCGUCAACUUCGCGAGCUUCGAGGCGUCGGACGCGGCCAUCGAGGCCAUGAACACGCAGUACCUGUGCAACCGCGCCAUCUCCGUCUCCUACGCCUUCAAGAAGGACUCCAAGGGCGAACGCCACGGCUCGGCCGCCGAGCGCCUCCUGGCCGCCCAGAACCCCAUCGCGCAGGCCGACCGCCCGCAUCAGCUCUUCGCCGACGCCCCCAACGGCGGCGGUGGCAGCGGGACGGUGACGGCGGUGGCCCCGCCCCCCAUGACUCCCCAGGUGGCCUACAACACCUUCGCCAACGCCGCCGCGCAGAUGAUGCCGCCCGGGAUGAUGCCCAUGCCCUUCUACGGCUUCCCCAUGGGCAUGCCGCCGCCCCCGCCCGCCGGCAUGCAGCCCGGACCGGGGAUGAUGUUCCCGCCGCCGCCGCCCCCUCCCGGGGCGUUUAUCCCCCCGCCACCCCCGACCGCCACGCAGUGAGCGAUUUUUUCUUUUGAUUUUUCUGUGUUUUUUUAUGCGAUUCGCCGCUGCUUUUAUUUUCCUUUUUGUUGUUGUUGUGCGACUUAAUCUGCAUUUUUGAUGGAUAAUUUGCAUUGUAUUUAUCUGGUUAAUUAUGUAUUAGAAACAUUAUCGGGA